AUGUCGACUGCUGCACAGAGCAGCUACGCAGCCUCUACUGCAGACAAUGCCAACAACGUUGCAGCAGUCUUCCUCCCCCGCCCUCGAUCUCGACUGCGCACCAUCGCGAAGCAGUACGACGAAGCUGCGCAGCAAACCGUCACACAUACCGACGAGCCAUACAAGAUCGUUUGGGGGAGCCGAACUUUCGUCAUUAGCGGUGUUCUAAACAAGAAGAAGAGCCGUGGCCGUCGUUCCUGGAUUACUCGUGAGGGUUGGUUCCUAACGGAGCUGACGACAACAGGAAAGGUCAAGCAGGAUGUCUGGUGCUGUCGACGCUGCGAUGCCUACGGCAAGCCCCAGUUUUUCAGCGCUCAAUCAACCUCGGCCUCGCAGGGACACUCUUCUAAGGCUAGCAUAGCCCUUGCUCGUUGUUCUAAUCACGUUGCUAACGGUUACAGGUCCCACAACAUCGCCGAGGACAGCCCCAGCCGGCCAGACAACGAGAUGACCGUCCUUGACAUCCAGCGAGAGGCUAGCAACCGAUCGACCCCUUCCAGCAUUCCACAAGCGAAGAUCAGUCGGGCCCGGGAGCUUCUAGUAGGCUAUAUUGUCGACGGCGACUUGCCCUUUACUGCUCUUGAGAGCGUCUACAUCAAGGGAGCUCUUAAAGCAGCUAGACCCUGGAUUCGCCCAAGAGCUCUCCUCACACUAGGGAAGCAUUCUGGGAAUUACAUCGCGCUCACGAUCCAGGAUAUUCUCAAGGCUUGGGGAAUUGGGAAGCAGGUGGGUGUCUGCGUCGCUGACAAUGCAGGGAACAACGACACAUGCCUCAAGGUCCUAUAUCGAUCCCUCGAUUCCACCAUAACCGACCGAGAUAUCAAGGCGCGUCGAAUGCGAUGCUUCGGUCAUGUCCUCAAUCUUGUUGUUCAGGCUUUCCUUUUUGGCCAGGAUGCUACCUGCUUCGAGAGGGAUGCUUAUACCCUUUCCCUUUGGAGUGACGACGAGGCUGAACUAGCACAUUGGAGAGCAAAGGGACCUGUUGGAAAGCUUCACAAUAUCGUCAAGUUCAUCAGGGCGUCGCCGCAACGAUCCGAGGCAUUCCGACAGCAUGCUAAGGAAGCCCAGACCUCUGACGACUAUCUGUUGUCAGAGGAGCCGACCUGGGACCUUGGCCUCAAGCAGGACAACAGCACGCGCUGGAACUCAACUUACCUGAUGAUCGAGAGGGCUGUCAGGAAGAGGGAUGAUAUCAACAGCUUUAUCUUGGAGCUUGAUCUUGAAUCUGAUGGUGACAAGCGGAUCCCUGAUGCUGACAAACUAACCACCGACGACUGGAAGGCCCUGAUCGAGAUCAAGACGAUCUUAGAACCACUCUACAAACUGACGAUAAAGACCCAGGGAUGGGGGCAGUCUGGGAACAAGUGGUCGACUUUCAGAUGUUCUAAUGGGGAUGGAAUAUGUAUUGGGACAUCUUGGAAGGCCGGGAGGACGAUGCUUACGAGGCCUUCGUCGAACAGCGGAGUCAGUUCCGAUGAAGAUGGUAACGAGGACGAGAUUGACCGGUACUACAACAUGAAGGUCGGGGGCAACGUCGAUCCGGUUGAAUGGUGGAUCAGUAAUAAGGCUCAGUUCCCAAAGCUGUCUCAGAUGGCCCUUGACAUUCUCGCUAUUCCAGCCAUGGCAGCUGACUGCGAGAGGUCCUUCAGCAUUGCUAGGCUUACUCUGAGCUCCCAGAGGCAUGCAAUGAAGUGGGAGACUAUCGAGAUGCUUCAGAUGCUGAAGAACUGGCUUAGGAACGGCGAUAUCGUCAUCGGAGGAGUCAUGAAGGGCAGCAGGCCGGAUUGGGGAUCGAUUAAGGGGCAGCAGGGUUACGAAUAG